AUGAUGGUGAGACGAAGCGGUAGAUACACCGUCAGCUGGCGAGGCUUCAGGGAUUUUUCAGCCAAUAAACCACCAGACGACCAAAAGGAGGAACCAAAACCAGAAGAAGAUUUAUCAAACCAUGAUGUGAUAUUUUUAAGAGGCAUUGUUGAGAGCCCUGAUUUUGCGCGGAAAUGUGAGUCGAUCGAUUCUGAGGAGGAUUUGAUUGUGAAGCCUGUAUCCUUGGACAAUGUAAAUAUAAUACGAUCGCUCAGCGAAUAUCGAGGUAACAAUAUUCGAACAAUCGAACAAGCUGAACUAGCUAUAUUAUUAUCUCGAGUUCAUUUUAAGGCUCUGAUUGAUGUACAUGAUCAAGUUGGUAAAAUUUGGUUAGAAAGAGGUUCUGGUAUUGAUGAGAAAAUAGAUAUAAAGGAAGGAACUAAGGACACUGCAGAAGCACUUACGCCAAGUCCAGAUCAGAACGGAGACAUGCCAGUUGAAACUGUUAAAGUUGUAGGUCUCCGUAAGGUGCCUGGUCAACCAUUAGGUUUAACUGUUACAACAGAUGAACAUGGACAGUUGAUAGUGGCCAGAAUUUUAGCUGGCAGUGCGGCAGCAAAACAAGCACUUCUUAAUGUGGGUGAUGUCUUACUGGAGGUGGAUGGUGUGCAAGUGGAUUCUGAGGAACAACUGAAAGAAGCUGUUUCAAAACCUAACGACAGGGUGACCUUGAAAGUGGGACCAAAUUUAAAAGAAAAGAGUGCUCAAUUAACAAAUAAUAAACUUAGUUGUUAUGUUAGGGCGCUAUUUGACUACAGCCCAGUAGAAGAUACACUCAUUCCAUGUAAAGAAAUAGGAUUAGAGUUUAAAAGGGGUGACAUUUUACAAAUAUCAGAUAGAAAAGACCCAAAUUGGUGGCAAGCAAGUCAUGUUGAGAAGCCUGAUGUUGUUGGUUUAAUACCUUCACCUGAACUAGAAGAGAGAAGAAAGGCAUAUGUACCACCAGAAGCAGAUUUUGUGCAUAAAAUUAGCAUAUGUGGAGCCAGGAUAUCCAGGAAAAAGAAGAAAUUCGUGUACGAGUCCCGUUCAAGUGUCAAGCUAGAAGGUGCAGAGUUGGCACUGUAUGAAGAGGUGGCUCGUACUCCGCCUUUUCUACGCAGAGUGUUGGCGUUGGUGGGCACGAGGGGCGUCGGACGGAGAACUCUUAAGAAUAAGAUGAUUCAGGAGUACCCUGAUAGGUUUGGGGCUGUAAUCCCACAUACGUCUCGACCACCUCGGCCUUUGGAAGAAAGUGGGGCCUCGUACUGGUUCGUGUCCCGGGAAGAAAUGGAAAGAGACGCUCAUGCCGGCCGUUUCCUUGAGUAUGGCGAACAUAAUGGUCACUUGUAUGGAACACAUUUGGACUCCAUAAGAGCCGUUAUUAAAGAGGGAAAGAUGUGUAUUCUGGAUUGUGCCCCACAGUCUCUGAAACUGCUUCACAAUAGCAGCGAAUAUCUUCCUUACGUCGUAAUGAUUGGAUCACCCGGAAUAGACCAAUUGAGGAACCUCACGUACGCCUCUAACCGAAAUCUAACAUUCGACCGGCAGAGCUCCAUCCGCUACAGCUCAAGACGCGCGCGCACGCUCGAGUCGCUCGCAUCGCUUUACGAGGAGGAAGACUUAAAGCAAACGCUAGAAGAAAGCGCCCGUAUUCAAAGACAGUACGAGAAAUACAUCGACUUAGAGAUAAUAAACACAAACAAUGAUACCACUUACUCUAAAAUAAUGGAUGCGCUUCACUCUCUAUCCACUGACCACCAAUGGGUGCCUGUCAGCUGGAUUUACUAA